UCCUCACAGUCAACUCAUACAAAGUAGACUCUCUCUGCUUCAAAGACAAACACGAGACUUGUGAGCGCGAGUGUUGUUUUUUUUCUCUCUCAAAGGCCUUCAGGAGAGAAAAAACAGCUAUGGAUCCGCUCGUGGGUGCGAUUGACCAGGGCACGAGCUCAACGAGGUUUCUGGUGUUCAAUGCCAAGACAGCCGAAGUAAUCAUUCACCACCAAGUCGAAAUCAACCAAAGUUUUCCAAAGGAGGGGUGGGUGGAGGAGGAUCCCAGGGAAAUCAUACAGUCCGUCUACGAAUGUAUAGAGAAAACAUGCAAAAAACUUUGCCAUCUCAACAUUGAUAUUGGCAACAUUAAAGCGGUGGGUGUGACCAAUCAGAGGGAGACAACCCUGGUUUGGGACAAAGUCACUGGAGAACCUCUCUAUAAUGCCAUUGUUUGGCUCGACCUGCGCACCCAAUCUACAGUGGAGAGACUCAUCAACAAAGCACCUGGCAAAAACAAGAAUCACCUCAAGCACAAAACGGGCCUCCCGAUCAGCACCUACUUUAGCGCAGUGAAGCUGCGUUGGCUGCUGGACAACGUGGACAUGGUGCAACAGGCUGUGCUAACCGGACGCGCUAUGUUUGGCACAGUGGACUCCUGGAUCAUCUGGUGCCUGACAGGCGGUAGGAAGGGAGGAAUCCACUGCACAGAUGUUUCGAAUGCCAGUCGCACUAUGCUCUUCAACAUUCACACCAUGGACUGGGAUCAUGAGCUCUGCAGUUACUUUGAUAUUCCAAUGGAACUGCUUCCCAAAGUCAAAAGCUCCUCUGAAAUAUACGGCCGGAUGAAAACAACCAUCCUUGAAGGAGUUCCAAUCUCUGGGUGUCUUGGUGACCAGUCAGCAGCCCUGGUUGGUCAGAUGUGCUUCAAGGACGGCCAGACCAAAAACACGUAUGGGACGGGUUGCUUCAUGCUCAGAAAUACAGGGAACAAGCCUGUGAUGUCUGAGCAUGGCCUGCUGACCACAGUUGCCUACAAAAUGGGACCAGAUCAGCCUCCUUGCUAUGCACUAGAGGGCUCAGUGGCCAUUGCUGGGGCAGUAGUUCGAUGGCUCAAGGACAAUAUGGGCAUAGUGCAGUCCUCCGCGGAGAUCGAGAAGUUAGCGGCCUCAGCAGGGACAUCUUAUGGCUGUUAUUUUGUACCUGCUUUCUCUGGGCUCUAUGCCCCUUACUGGGAGCCCAGUGCACGAGGCAUCAUCUGUGGCCUCACACAGUUCACCAACAAGAGCCAUUUGGCUUUUGCUGCGCUCGAGGCCGUUUGCUUCCAAACCAGAGAGAUUGUGGAUGCAAUGAACAAGGACAGUGGCGUCCCUCUGGUGCAGCUGCAGGUGGACGGAGGCAUGACGGCUAACAGGUUGCUGAUGCAGCUGCAAGCUGACAUCCUUGGCGUGUCUGUCGUGAAACCCUCCAUGUCAGAGACGACAGCUCUCGGCGCUGCCAUGGCAGCAGGGGCCGCAGAAGGGGUGAAGGUGUGGAGCCUGAGCCCCAGUGACCUUCCUCGUAUCACUUCUGAAAAAUACGAGCCUCAGAUCAACUCCGAUGAGAGUGAGUUCCGCUUCGCUCGCUGGAAGAAGGCUGUGCAACGAUCCAUGAAUUGGGAGACUACAGAGUCAGGCUGCGGUGACAAUGGCUUGGUGAAGGUGAACAGCAUCCCCUGAGGGCUCUCUCCUCCACUGCCCCCAACCAGACUGGACCCCUAAGGGAGCCAACAGUAACCGAAAUGUGGCACAAAUUCUACAUGGAUGCGGCCACCUCGGAGCUGCCACAUUACUCUUAUCGCACAGAUCCAAGUUGGAAUGAAGAGUGGAAGCUGUGAAGCAAUGAGAACAUGUUUCUCUUUUAUUUGGAAAAAAGGAACACUUCAACCAAUACAUGAAUUUUCUAGGCAUGGUUUUGGGGGUGGGGGUGAGAAUGGGUUUGGCUUGUGGGAGUCACUUUUGGGGCAUUUGUUGUCAUGAGUUUAUGAAUUGCAAGGGGCUGGGGUAGCAACUGAGCAGUUGAGGCGAACCUGUAUUCAUCUAUACUUUAAUCAGGAAUGAUUGUUGAGUAGAAGGAAUGGAAAAUGAAUACAAUGCCAUUUCUAUCCGGUGUUAAAAUGUAUUGUGAGAUUUAUCUCAAGUCUUUACGACACACGAAGACUCAGAUGUCACAAUUUAUGAACUCAAUCAUGUUGAUAAGUGUUAUUUAAAAAAAGAUAGCGAUGACUGAUGCAUAUGAAACACUACAGUUCAUUGAGUACUAUAUAUAACUUUCAGUUUCCCUGUGCAAUUAGAUUGACAAGUAUAGCUAUUAAUCCUCUGAUGGAAUUUACAGAUUCCUGUCAUGAAGACUUUUGUCACCAACUGCGUCUUAUGGAUGUAAUGAUCUCA